ACCUGCAGCUCGUGUUGUAGUCCGGAAUGUUCAUGUUGCGCCUAUGGAAAGUGUGUAUUAAAGGGAAAAAUAAAAUAAUUCGGCGAGAAUAAAAGCGGUUUGUUUGAUGAGGUGCCGGUGCUAAAGCGUCCGGUUUCAUCGUGGAGGUGCAGAAGGUGGUCUGAGUGAGGAUGUGUAGGUAGUGCUCUUGAAGAUCCAGGGGACGCCAUGUCAGAAGAGGCGAUCUCGGAGAGUGAUCUGGAGCCCAGCCUGAACAGCGAAGAGGAGGAAGAAGAGGAGAUGGAAGAGGAUGGAGAUGGAGACAAUGACGCAGACGAAGAUGGUGACGAUGAAGAAGAGGAGGAAGAAGAAGAAGAGGAAGCAGACCAAACAACAGAGGCCAUGGAGACUGAGGAGAAGGUGGGCCUCUCCAGCCCUGCUCGUUCUUCACUGUCAGGGAGCUCCACUCCUUCCUCUCGAGCUCCAUCACGGUCCUCGUCGAGGUCCGAGUCUCAUCCUUCGAGUCCAAAUGGGUCACGGGGGGCCUCUGCGGCUACAGACUCCACCCCCAAGAGGAAGUCAAAGAAGAAAAGCUCCAAACCAGCUAAAUCUGCUCACAUGAGGAGGAACAUCAGGAAGUUACUGGAGGAGCAUCAGCUGGAACCAGGAACUAAAGCAGCACAGCUGGAGGAGCUGGAGAGGAGAAAACGUCUGGAGCAGCAGAGGAAGGAUUAUCCAUUACCUGCUGUGGACUUGCCCACCUUGGCAACUGUUAUUAAGGGAGAGGUGAUUUGCCUGGACAGCAGUGGAGACGAAGGAGAGUCCAGAGGACCCGCACCUCCUCCCAAACAAGCACCCAGAGACGAUGUCAUUGAACUGAGCUCAGGUGAUGAGGAAACGUUCCACAUCAGUGAGGAUGAGGAGCACGAUCGCUCAAAUUCUCCCGGGACUGAGGAGAGCAGCGGCUCGCACAUCAACGAUGCCCUGAACCAGCCGGACGCCCAGGGCAGAGUGCUGGUCAACAUCAACCACCCGGCCGAGGAGGACGACCUGUUCCUCGCCCCACAGCUCGCACGUGUCGUCAAACCUCACCAGAUCGGUGGGAUCCGUUUCCUGUACGAUAACCUGGUGGAGUCUCUGGAGCGCUAUAAGACCAGCAGUGGGUUCGGCUGCAUCCUGGCACACAGUAUGGGACUGGGCAAAACCCUACAGGUCAUCUCCUUCAUCGACAUCCUGCUCCGACACACAGGAGCCACAACCGUCCUCGCCAUCGUGCCUGUAAACACUCUGCAGAACUGGUUAGCAGAGUUUAAUCUGUGGUUGCCUUCAGCUGAAUCCCUUCCUCCAGAUGCAGAUCCGGUCCACAUUUAUCCCCGAAGCUUCAGAGUACACCUCCUGAACGACGAGCACAAGACGACGGUGAGCCGGGCGAAAGUGGUGGAGGAGUGGACGCGUGACGGCGGCGUGCUGCUGAUGGGAUAUGAAAUGUACCGGCUGCUCUCUCUGAAGAAGAGCUUCGUCACCGGCCGUAAGAGGAAGUCGAAAAAACCCGCCGGGCCGAUCAUCAUUGACUUGGACGAGGAGGACCGGCAGCAGGAGCUCAUGAAAGACAUAGAGAAGGCUCUGUCUCGGCCCGGGCCGGACGUGGUGAUCUGCGACGAAGGUCAUCGCAUUAAGAACUGCCAUGCCAGCACGUCGCAGGCGCUGAAGAACAUCCGCUCGCGGCGGCGCGUGGUGCUGACCGGCUACCCGCUGCAGAACAACCUGCUGGAGUACUGGUGCAUGGUGGAUUUUGUGCGUCCCGACUUCCUGGGCACGAGGCAGGAGUUUAGCAACAUGUUCGAGCGGCCGAUCCUGAACGGCCAGUGCAUCGACAGCACGCCGCAGGACGUCCGGCUCAUGAGGUACCGCAGCCAUGUCCUGCACAGCCUGCUCGAGGGCUUCGUCCAGAGGCGGGGUCACGAUGUUCUCAGCACACAACUGCCUAGUAAAGAGGAGCAUGUGAUCCUGGUGCGUCUCUCCCCCCUGCAGAGGGCGCUCUAUAAAGAGUUCAUGAAUCGUUUCCGGGAGGCAGGGAACAGCGGUUGGCUCGGUCUCAAUCCACUCAAAGCUUUCUGCGUGUGCUGCAAGAUCUGGAACCACCCUGACGUUCUGUACGAAGCUCUGCAGAAGGAGAACCUGGCAAACGAGCAGGAUCUGGACCUGGAUGACUUGAAUGCCACGGCGGCGACCCGCUGCUCCGUUCCAGGGUUAAAGGGCAAGACCUCCGACAACACUGGCACUAAAGGGGCACUCGCACCUCUGCAGGAACGAGCCAAUCAAGUCAUCACCUACGAAUGGGCAAAGGACAUCAUGAGUGGAUACCAGAUGGGUGUCCUGGAGAACUCUGCUAAGAUGGUUCUGCUCUUCCACCUGAUCGAGGAGAGUGUCAGCAGAGGAGACAAAAUCCUUGUCUUUAGUCAGAGUUUGUCAACACUGUCAGUGAUCGAGUCGUUCCUGGCUGUGAGACCGAUGCCCAUGAAAAUGGCCAACCAGAAGCAAAACUGGCUCCGGGGCAUCAACUAUUACAGGUUGGAUGGCAGCACAUCAGCAACGGAGCGAGAGAGACUCAUCAACCAGUUUAACGACCCAGCAAACAGCACAGCCUGGGUCUUCCUCCUGUCCACCAGGGCAGGGUGUUUGGGCGUGAACCUGAUCGGGGCGAACCGGGUCGUGGUACUGGACGCUUCCUGGAACCCGUGCCAUGACGCCCAGGCAGUGUGUCGAGUGUAUCGCUACGGUCAGCACAAACCCUGUUACAUCUACAGGCUGGUGUGUGACUUUACCCUGGAGAAGAAAAUCUACGACCGGCAGGUGUCCAAGCAGGGCAUGUCUGACCGCGUGGUGGACGAUUUGAACCCCGUCCUCACAUUCACCAGGAAGGAGGUGGAGUCUCUGCUGCACUACGUGGAGGAGGAGUCCGAUCCCAGCCAAUCGGUGCUGCUGUUUAGCGAUGACAUGGAGGCGGUAAUCAAGCACGCCUGUCUGCACUAUCCUCACCUCAUCACCAAGCUGCCGUUCCAGCACGAGUCUCUGCUGAUGGACCGCAAGGACCUGAAACUCACCAAAGCCGAGAAGAAAGCAGCUAAGAAGAGCUACGAGGAUGAGAAGAGGGCGUCUGUGCCUUAUCAGCGCCCGUCCUACGCACACUACUACCCCACCAACGAGCAGAGUCUCCCCAACAUCAGGAACUGGAGACCCGGGCCACGGAUGGAGGAGAAGCCGAUCGCCAGCGUGAGACCCGUCCAGUCCACUCCCAUUCCCAUGAUGCCUCGCCAGGCCGGUGUGGGAGGCCACGCCUCCAACCCCGCUUUCCCCGUUAACUAUCUACAGAAGGCUGGUGUCCUCGUCCAGCGGAUCAUCACCACCACUGAUAUUGUGAUUCCUGGGACCAACAGCUCGACGGACGUGCAGGCGAGGAUCAGCGCUGGAGAGAGCAUCCACGUCAUCAAAGGCUCCAAAGGUACGUACAUCAGGACUAAUGAUGGGCGGAUCUUCGCCAUCCGCUCCGGAAAGCCCCGAGCCAGUGAAGGAGCUGCUUCUGCACCUAGAGAUGUGGGUGGUUCUCUCCUCCGGCCAGUCAGUAACGGCCGCACGUCUCCUCUCGAGCUCAAGCGUUUCUCUCCGGACGGCGUCCGCUGCAUGUCUCCCUCGUCCAGUCCCAACCUGCUGCACCCGCUCCAUCAUUACGCGCCUGCCCCCAAUGACCUCACGCUCUCCGACCUCCCAGACCGCCCCGCCCAGCACGGCCACGCCCCCGAGUCUCAGCGGAGCAACGAACUGAUUGGCUCGGGCUCUGGCCUCGACACCCAGAGCCUGAAGAGAAAACUCCUCUCGGACUCUCGAGGUUCCAAAAGGACCACUAGCACCACAGCCGCUGCUAAUUACCCAGGAUUCCCUGUGAGUCCCGGUUACACCAUGGGGUCCGUGGGAUUUCCGCCGGGCCUACUCGGCGCUCUGGGUCACAUGACACCGCCGAUGAUGGGUGGCAACACCCGAGGUCACUUUCUGCCAGAUUUGCAUCCCAUGUUCCCCUCCGACGCUUUAAGCUCCACCCACGGUUCCACUUCAUCGACCAGCAUUGCUUCUUCUUCCUCUUCCACCUGUGCACCUUCCUCAUCAUCCGCUUCCUCCUCCCUUCCACCGUUCGUCUUUAAUCCCAGUAUGGCCAGCAUGCUGUCCGGGUUCUCCAUGCCCUACACCCAGACUCUUCUCCCAGACUCUUCUAGAAUCUUCUCCAAUUCCCUGUCCUCAUCCUCGUCCGGCUCCGCCCCGGCCGUGCCCUCCUCCUUCCUGUCUCCGUCCAGCCUGCUGGGGGCGGCGUUGAGUCGACCCGACACGCACCACGGGCACGCCGAGAACGGCGGGAGUAGCUCAGACGACGACGUCAUCGAGGUGAUCGGCCAGUGAGCUCCAAAAACAUCGCAGGAAUCUCAUUGAGUAAAAGGGAAAAAGUGGGCGGAUCUGGACGUUUGAAAUGACACUAAACUAAACUCGCAGACCGGCAUUUCUAAACACCAGGGGACCAUAACACUGCUCUACCGAGUGCCAGCGCGACCGUUUCCAGGCAGCAACCAUGAUUUGAAAAAAAUAUCAAAUUUGGACUUUUCCGCUAUUUGAUAGAACUCGUAGCAUCGUAUAGAUAAAGGAGAAAUUGUUAUUUUUUAAUUAAUGAUCGUUAGCGUAUUUGAUUGGAGGUUUUUUUUUGUUUGUUUGUUUUUUACAUGUGGCAAGAGAGAGAAAGAGACCAUGGUGAACACGAGGAAAAGCCAUUUUUA